AUUGCAAAUCAAUAUCUUUCUGGAGAGACAGUGUGUAGUGGCUUGCCUGGACAGCAUAUGCGUGGUUCCUUUGGCUGCAAUGCUGCUGCAGAGCUCGUUCACUCUGCCUUCCUGGGAACCCCACAGGCAAGUCCAUCGUGUUUGGAGGAAAAAAAAAAGAGCUCAUUCUAGGAAAUAAAAUUGACCUGUUAAAGCUUUUGAUACUGAACGUUAGCGUGUCCUUUGUGCUCUUCUGAAACGGUUUUUUUGGUCUUGCUCCACUGAGAUCAGCUUCUCUGGGUGAUCUCUGGAAUUUUUUGUGCUUCCCCCUUUCUUGGUUGUAGUACGGCCGUACCAUUUCAGCUUGCUAGUGCAGAAAGAUGUGAAUUCAGUUGCUGUCUGAGGCUGGCCUGGUGCAAGCACAUUGCUAGAGAUAUGUUAUGGAGUUCCAGGUGAAUCCGGCUUGAGAGAGAGACAACAGCAAAACGAUAUGUGUCACAAAGAUGUCUACACGGAACUGCCAGGGAAUGGACUCAGUGAUCAAGCACCUGGACACAAUUCCUGAGGAUAAAAAAGUCAGAGUUCAGAGGACACAGAGCACGUUUGACCCAUUUGAGAAGCCAGCCAAUCAAGUCAAAAGGGUACAUUCUGAGAACAAUGCUUGCAUUAACUUUAAAUCCUCCUCUGCUGGCAAAGAGUCACCUAAAGUUAGGCGGCACUCCAGCCCCAGCUCGCCAACAAGUCCCAAAUUUGGAAAAGCUGACUCAUACGAAAAACUGGAAAAACUAGGGGAAGGAUCUUAUGCAACAGUAUACAAAGGGAAAAGCAAGGUAAACGGGAAGCUGGUGGCUCUAAAGGUGAUCAGGCUUCAGGAGGAAGAGGGGACACCUUUCACAGCCAUCAGGGAAGCUUCUCUGUUGAAAGGAUUAAAGCAUGCAAACAUUGUGCUGCUUCAUGACAUCAUCCACACUAAGGAAACACUGACACUUGUCUUUGAAUAUGUGCACACUGAUUUAUGUCAGUACAUGGACAAGCAUCCUGGAGGACUCCAUCCAGAUAAUGUGAAGUUGUUCUUAUUUCAGUUGCUGAGAGGGCUGUCUUACAUCCACCAGCGUUAUAUUUUGCACAGAGACCUGAAACCGCAGAACCUGCUCAUCAGCGACACGGGGGAGCUGAAGCUGGCUGAUUUUGGUCUUGCAAGAGCAAAAUCCGUCCCUAGCCACACAUACUCCAAUGAAGUGGUUACCUUGUGGUACAGACCGCCAGAUGUUCUCCUGGGCUCUACAGAGUAUUCCACUUGCCUUGACAUGUGGGGAGUUGGCUGUAUCUUCGUUGAGAUGAUCCAAGGAGUCGCUGCAUUUCCAGGAAUGAAAGACAUUCAGGAUCAACUUGAACGAAUAUUUCUGGUUCUUGGAACACCAAACGAGGACACGUGGCCUGGAGUUCAUUCUUUACCACACUUUAAGCCAGAACGCUUUACUGUGUACAGCUCUAAAAGCCUUAGACAAGCAUGGAAUAAGCUCAGCUAUGUAAAUCAUGCUGAAGAUCUGGCCUCCAAGCUUCUACAGUGUUCCCCAAAGAACAGGCUAUCAGCACAGGCCGCCUUGAGCCACGAGUAUUUCAGCGAUCUGCCCCCGCGGCUAUGGGAGCUGACUGAUAUGUCUUCUAUUUUUACCGUCCCAAAUGUGAGAUUGCAACCCGAAGCUGGAGAGAGCAUGAGGGCCUUUGGAAAAAACAAUAGUUAUGGGAAAAGCCUAUCGAACAGCAAACAUUGACAAGCCCAGCGUUCUCAGGAGAGCACAGG